UACUUAUCAAUCUUAGUUUAUCCAACACAAGCAGGAACACGCACCUCACCUAGGAGAAUCCAAUAAGGAAGAAAAGCAAUCUUCCUGGUUCUGGUGUUGAGACGAAACAGUAGGAAGGAAGUGACGAUGAGAAGCAUGGUGAAUUGCCAUCCCUUUGUCCUUCACCGUCUUCCCCAUCACCACUUGUUCAACCACUUUCGACCAUUUCGCUUCUCUAUGUCUGCUCAGCUUUCCAAUGUUUCGCCUCAGUCUCAAGUGAUUGAGGCACCCGCACGGGUUGGUUUUUUGGGCAUUGGAAUCAUGGGCUCCCCCAUGGCACAAAAUCUCUUAAAAGCUGGAAUUGAUCUGACUGUUUGGAAUAGGACCAAGAGCAAGUGUGAUCCUUUAAUCAGCUUGGGAGCAAAAUAUAAAUCAUCUCCUGAGGAAGUAGCAGCAUCUUGUGAUGUCACAUUUUCCAUGCUUGCAGAUCCUCAAAGUGCAAUGGAUGUUGCUUGUGGGAAGCAUGGAGCGGCAAAUGGAAUGGGUCCAGGAAAAGGAUAUGUGGAUGUUUCAACUGUUGAUGGGGACACUUCUAAAUUGAUUAGUGAGCACAUAAAAUCCACUGGAGCAUUAUUUUUGGAGGCUCCAGUUUCAGGUUCCAAAAAACCAGCUGAAGAUGGCACGUUGAUAUUUCUUACAGCAGGAGACAGAAAUCUUUAUGAAACAGUUGCUCCUCACUUGGACAUCAUGGGAAAGUCUAAAUUUUUCUUGGGUGAUGUUGGAAAUGGAGCUGCAAUGAAACUCGUUGUCAAUAUGAUUAUGGGCAGUAUGAUGGCAUCCUUUUCCGAAGGCUUACUUCUCAGCGAAAAAGUUGGGCUGGAUCCAAAAGUACUUGUGGAGGUAAUUUCACAGGGUGCCAUUAGUGCUCCAAUGUACUCAAUGAAAGGCCCAUCCAUGAUACAGUCACUUUACCCAACUGCAUUUCCCUUAAAGCAUCAGCAGAAGGAUCUAAGACUUGCCCUGGGGUUAGCAGAAUCUGUUUCCCAACCUAUUCCAAUUGCAGCAGCAGCUAAUGAGCUAUAUAAAGUUGCAAAAUCCCAUGGCCUUAGUGAUCAGGACUUCUCAGCUGUCAUUGAAGCAUUGAAGUCCAAGUUUCAGCACUCAGAAAACCAGUGACCUUCUUAUGAGAGGCAGGUUCACUUGGAAAAUAGUAGUGAGCUAGUUUUGAAUGCAUUUCAGAAAUGCAGAACAUGCUCCCAUGGGUGCAAAAAUUUUUGUGAAAAUUUAUUUUCAACUCAUAUUUCGUUGAGAUGGUCCAUCUUUUAGUACAUGUUUGAUUUCACUAUUUGCAGAGAUCAAGACACGUUGAUUCAGAAACUAAGACUUGUAGCUUCUAACUAGAAGUGAUUCUAAAACAUUUCACCGUUAAACCAAACACGUUACCUAAGAUCUUCUUGAAUAGGAUACCUACUUCAAGCAACCUCAUAUAGACACUCCAAGAUUGAUUUUCCAAGAUUUCUUGUUUUAUAUACCUAUUUUCAUUUGUUA